UAAUAAUAAAAUGGCGUGCUAAAAGAUUACAAGAAAUGAAAGAAAAGAACAAAAGCGAAAGGAAAGUCGUAAAAAGAGAAAAUGAGUAAAAAAUAUAAAAACACACAUUAGGCAGUAUGCAAACACUGAGUGAUAUUUAGAAAUUAAAUAUAGCAUAAGACCGAUAAGAAUAUGAGGAAAAUCACAUUAAAUAACAAGAAAAUAUGAAAUGUCACGCCGUUGUGAAGAGGAAACCAAACUCCCGCACAGAGCUGGACAUAAACAGCAGCAGACGAGGGGAUUCUGUACAAUAUCUUGGCUCCUCUCGGCUCUCCUGUACAUCCCUCAAGCCCCGAGCCGCCGCUACACACUUCCACCACACAGCCUUGUGUCUGUGCCCUGCAGCAGGGCCUCCCUCCGUCAACACAACAUGUCCAGUAUGGAAGUGGAUGAGGAGGUGGGAAAAGAGGCAGGUCCUUCCACCUCCUCCACCCUCCCCCAGGCCCCACUGGAGGCCUUUCCUGCAGCACCCACAGACUCCAGCUUAAGUGCAGCCCCCACCUCCCCCCUGCCACCCACUCCUGCAGGUGGCAGCAGCAGUAACACUACUGCGGGUGGCGUGGGGGUUGGCAUCAGUGAGGGUGGAGGCGCCAGCAGCAGCACCAGCAGCGGCACAGAGUCGGUGAUGGCAGCAGCAGGCACAGUGGGCAGCGUGUCAGUUUCCCUGCAUCCGCUGGUCAUCCUCAACAUCUCGGAGCACUGGACGAGGCAGCGUGCCCAGGAGGGCCGGCCCGUGCAGGUUCUGGGAGCCCUGAUAGGCAAGCAGACCGGCCGCCAUGUGGAGAUAAUGAAUUCCUUUGAGCUGAGCUAUGAUGAGCUGGACGGACACAUCAUCAUCAAUCGAGAAUACUACACCCUAAAGGAAGAACAGUACAAGCAGGUGUUCAGCGACAUGGACUUGCUGGGUUGGUACACCACUGGGGACACUCCUGGUCCUCCUGACCUGCUGGUGCACAAACAAAUCUGUGACCUGCUAGAAAGCCCCAUCUUCCUCAAGCUGAACCCCAUGGCACGCCACACUGAUCUGCCAGUGAGCAUCUAUGAGAGUGUGCUGGACUUGGUGAACGGGGCCUCCACCAUGCUGCUGGUGGAGCUGCAGUACACGCUGGCCACUGAGGAGGCCGAGCGUAUUGGGGUGGACCAUGUGGCUCGCAUGUCUUCCCACGACACUCAGGAAAGCUCCCUUGUGGCGGAGAACCUACAGGCCCAGUACAGCGCCAUCAAGAUGCUGGCCAGCCGGGUGCGCCUCAUAGCAGAGUAUGUGCGGGCCAGCCAGCGUGGCGAGGUGGAAUUCAACCAUGAAAUUCUGCGGCAAGUCAACGCCCUUGCCCAUCGCCUGCCAGUGCUCAACAGUGACAAAUUUAGAGGAGAAUUUUAUAAUCAAUGUAAUGACGUGGCGCUCAUGUCGUAUUUGGGCACCAUCACCAAGUGUUGUAACACCAUGAACCGCUUCAUCAACCGCUUCAACCUGCUGCAUGAGAGGUUAGCCAUGGGCCGCAGGAUGCGCGGCCUCUUCUUCUGAGAGUUACUGGACCCGGAUUAAUUGGAGUUGUUAAGAUUAAGGAAGAAGUGGGAGCGGUGGACAACUUACCUCACCUUGAACCAAAAUGAUUGACUGAUGGCAGGCAGUGUCUUAAAUAAUAAUGUGUUAAAGUAUUGCAUAGAAGUAUUUCUGGCACCUUUUCUGAUAUUAAACAUAGGAUACUUAGUAUGUCAUUUACAUUAAUCUAUAUUUAUGGAAUGCUUCUAAAGGUUAUAAAGCUUGCAAAUUUCAUUAUGGAAUUAAAUUCUUGCUGAUUAAAAAAGUAAAUAUAAAACUUGCUGCAUCAAGUGUUUUGAUUAAUUUUGUGUUCUUUUAAUGUAUACAUUGGUCAGACUGUGCAGCUCAAGUCAUAACACCAUACUGUUUUGUUCAAUAAAAAAAUGUAAAGCA